GAUGCCAUAAUCAGUUGUGUAGACUCCAUCAUGAAGCUGGCUAUCCUCGUCCUCCUGGCUACCGCCGCCUCCGCCGCUACGUUGUAUGACGCCCCGCGGGCACAGACUCGCGCCUUGGAUUCCGGUGAGAAUGUGGCCAUCCUGAGGGACGACCGGUUGAUCGACGACGAAGGAAAGUACAACUUCGACUUCGAGACUGCCAACGGUAUCACGGUGUCAGAGUCUGGCGCUCCAGUGGGCGAGGACGGUGCUGUCAACAGCGCUGGAUCCUUCUCGUACACCGCUCCAGAUGGCACUCCAGUCCACGUAGAAUUCGUAGCUGACGAGCGCGGCUUCCAGCCCCAAUCCGACCUCCUUCCCGUGGCUCCCGAGUUCCCCCAUCCGAUCCCUCAGUUCGUCCUGGACCAGAUCGCAAAGGCUGCCGAGGAGGACGCCGCCCGCGCCCGUGGAGAGCUAAGGGAGGCCAGCCAGCCUUCCAACAGAUACGGGGCUCCCUAGACGGCUAACAGCAGUAAAACCGAUUCUGUAAUUGUGCACUUCGGUUGCUCACGCUGCAUCGCACGGAUCUUUAUAUAAUGUGAAUAGUUAUUUAUCAUCUAUUCUAUGUAUAUACUAUUUAUAAAGAAGCAAUGAAUCAGAA